AUGCGGGUAAGACACCGGUGGGCGCGGGGGAGGCGGACGGGGGGCACUGGCGAAACGCGGGGGCGACGAAGCGAACACUGGCGCGCGGCGGGGCGGAGCGGACAGCACCUGGCCAGCAGCAGCAGAGCCACGCCGAGCAGAGACGAGGAAGAUCGACCAGGAGCAACGCAAAGCAACAUAAAGAACGUCAAGAACAGGGCGACUUAUAAGAAGAAGAAGAAGAAGAAGAAGAAGAAGAAGAAGAAGAAGAAGAAAGGGGCAAAGCAGUGUAGUGCAUUACAGGGCGCGGACAAGAGCAAAGCGACGCAGAUGAGCCAUAAGCAAGGGGAAGCAACGCUGAGGAACGCUGACAGUGCAGAACAGCAGUCAAUAAGGAGAAGGGCCAAGCAGUGCACGGAGCGUCACAGCAAAGCUCCUCCUAGCAGAGACGACAGAGCAACUGGAACAGGGCGAAGCAGUGCAAAUCUGCAGUGUCAGGCGACCAGAGCUCCACGGAACGAACCAGAGCAACGCAGAUCAGCCCUAAGCAAGGCGAAGCAACGCCAAGGAACGCUGAGUAAGGAAGAGCAGACGGAAAACAACAGAACAACGCGGACCGGGGCAGCGCAGCACAUGGCGGCAAUGCGUCUUCUAGUGGCGGUCGUCGCUCUCGCCGGUAAUCCAUUACUUCUAGGCUGUCCGGGUGACGCCUAUCUGCCAACGACGCGGCGUCACCCGGACAGCGAAGAAGUAAUCCUUCUGAUUGUUGGGGUUAUUAGUCCCGUAUGUGUAGUGUAUGUUUGUACCGAGGGAGAUGGCGAUGAUCUUCCCCCGCUAGAUGGUGAGGUCCGGCACCGACCUACCUCUCGGCUAGAUGAGUUUCCCGCAUCUCUCACCAGCAGGGCACCGUACCAGCCUGCACAAUGUGGUAGUGUAUUGCCUGCAUGUAAGGGGGGAAGCAAAGAUCGCGCGAGCUCACAAAUAGACGCGCGCACAUCCAGUGCCUGGGCGGCUCGCGUAGAGCAGUCAGCGUUGCUUGCGGCGCACCCGGCACUCUGCAAGGAGAUGUACUGA